AUGAAUUUCAACAUCACUGUAUUGUUCUCUCUCUCUAUUCUCUUCUUCCGUUGUGCCAAUGCCUUCAACAUCACCAAUCUCCUCGACAAAUACUCCGAUUUUUCGUCCUUCAAUAACUACCUGACUCGAACUGGACUUGCAGGGGAGAUCAAUUCGCGACGAACCAUCACUGUUCUUGCUGUUGACAACUCUGCCUUGUCCUCGGUAGAAGGCAAAUCAAGUGACAUGCUCAAGAACGUCCUGAGCGUCCACAUUGUGCUAGACUACUACGACGUCUCGAAGCUCCAGCACCUACCGAACAAGUCCAUGAUCCUCACUACACUGUUCCAGACAAGUGGUCAUGCCUCGGGUGAGCAGGGGUUCUUGAAUGUGACGAAUGUGAAAACAGGAAGCGUUGUGUUCGGUUCAGCUGCGAAAGGCUCGACACUGGGUGCUGAUUUGGUUAAAUCUGUAGCUUCUCAGCCUUACAACCUGUCAGUGUUACAAGUGAGUAAUGUGAUUGUUCCUAUGGGCAUUGAGAACUCUACAACUAGCCCGGCUCCGGCUCCGGCUCCCGGAAAAGCAAAGUCUCCAUCGAAGUCACUCUCUCCCGAUGAGGCUCCUGCACCGUCCAAUGCAACUGCCUCGCCCAAGGGUAGUGCACCUUCCGCGGAGGAUGUCCCUCCUAAAGGCGAUGGACCAACAGCUGAUGCUCCAGCAGCAGAUUCAGCCAAAAGUCGUGCAGCCACAACUCUCGUGCUGAGCCUUGGUUUGGUUAUGUUGAUACUAUCGUCUACUUUGUCUACCAUGUGGAUGAUUUGGUAAGAGCGGGAGAAGAAAAUAAGAGAAUUUUGCAUUGAAAAAAAAUGCAAUUCUUGAAUUUUGUUUGGAGCUUUUACUUUUUAAUUCAGAAUA